UAAAGAUUAAUUUAAUUGCGAGAUCACGGUCAAUCUCACAAAUGAGUGUUCGUAAUAACGGGAGAACUUAUUCAACGUACCAGGGAUCACGCACUGUAACACAUUAAUAGAUUUCGUUUUCCUUGUUGUGCAAUACAGCACAGUCGACAUGCACUAAUAACCUAUUCAACCAGGAAUAUAUUUCAAGAAGUCCUUAUAUUCAUCACGUGCCGUAUUAUUAUCGCCUCGUUCGUCGUACUAGAAAUUUAGCCAUCACAUGAAUUACCGGCAUCGUGCCAAAUGUUUUUAAUACUCUGCCUACGUCAUCGUGGCUUUUGCCGCAGAUAGUAAUUAAAGUAAGCGUUCAAUGCAAUCGAUCGUCGAAGGAAGGAAACACGCUAUAUGCAUUACAGAUACACUCAAAAUUGUUCAUGGAACAAAGCAUCUAGCUAUCGAUCGCGUACCACCAGUUUUCCGUGGACCAUGUCGUCCCAUCAUCGUUCCGGUAUCUGGGUGCAGAAAAACAAGAACCACAAGCAUGGCCAACAUAAAAGCAAAGGAACCCUUCAUAAUCAACAAAAGGGCCGUGUUGUGAAGCCAGGUGUUGGGAAACGCCGCAAGGAUCAAGCAAUUAACAAAAUCGUUCGCAAAAAUCAAUGCGGAACGCCUGGUACACAACGCAGAUUUGUCACUCCCUUCCUGCAUUUACAGAAAGCACAGAAGAAAGCGCUUCGAGAUUUCAAGAGUUUCCAGGAGAAGCAGAAAGUAGAUUCGGUUCCUCUGGAUAUCUUGAUAAUUCCUCUCUGCGAACAAAUUUCACCUGAAAAAUUUUUGGAUCUUUUGCGAACCACUCAAAAUGAAGAAGACGUGGAAAUGACUGAAAAAUCCGUCAACUGCGUCCGUCUGAAGUUUCCCCGUUUCAAAAUGGAUUCAGUUUUUCGGGUCGCCAACCUGGGCGAUUUGUUCGGAACCCUGGAUCUGGCGAAAGCUUCGGAUGUACUGCUGUUUCUGCACGAUCCAUUUGAAGAAAUGUCAGCGGAGAUCGGAAGCGUGUUGUCAUCAGUUUUGGGCCAAGGACUCCCGGCGGCGGUUGCCCACUGUGUCUUCAUCGAAGUUGAACGAGAUCAAAAUGUGCAAGUCUUCCUUAAAGAAAAAAGCGAAGUGAAAAAAUCAGUUGCCAAAAGAAUUGAACCAUGGUUUCCUGAUGCGUCGUUGGAGUUCGUGUGUGGAUCACCGGAUAUUUCCACAUUUCUCUUCCGUAUUAGUAAUAUGCGUCCACAAAUGACAGAAUAUCGUGAAAUGCGGCCCUUUCUUAUCGCUACCGACACCGUCUUCAUAACGGAAAAUAACCAGUCGGAAGAGGGAUUUGUGGAAAUCAGUGGUAUUCUGAAGGGUGGUGUCCUGGAUGUUAAUCAUCCCAUCCAUAUUCCUGGUUUUGGGAACUAUUUCCUGGAAGAAGUCAGGGUUCAACCACCUGGAUCGCAAUCGAAGAAGGAGCGAGACAGAAAAGUUGGAACCGUUCCUCCUGCUUCUUGCAUCAAAGCCAACCCUAACGAGCAGCAUUCGGAAAGCGAAGAUGUGGAAUUUGAUGAAAAUCCCUCCGAAGAUUUAAUUGAUCCCUCCACAGUGGUGUCGCAAAAGAAACGGACUGUUAAAUUGGUCCCCAAAGGGACCUCUCAGUAUCAGGCUGCAUGGAUAGUUGAUGAUAACGAUGAUAACGAAGCGGGAGAUGAAUCCGAAGGUGCCGAGGAUGAUGCCAUGGAUGUGGAAGGCGGUGAUAAUCUGGAUCAGGAAUGUGAAAAAAUGUCUGUUGGCAGUGUACCGGAAGGCGCUGACGAUGAAUUGGUUGAGGAACAGACAGAUAAGGAAGAUGGCUACGACGGCCGUUUUGACGAAGAGAAUGAACGUGAAGCGUACUCUAAGGCACAGGCUCAACGUAUGGAUGAGCAGUUUCCGGAUGAAUUAGAUACACCGCUCGAUGUCCCAGCACGAGUUAGAUUUUUCAAGUACCGCGGUUUAGAUGAUUAUCGCAGUACUCAGUGGGAUGUGAACGAGAAUCUGCCCCCAGAUUAUGCUAGAAUCUGCAAAUUUUCAAACAUGCGUUCGUUCAAGAAGGCGGCUUUGGAUUUUUCGAAUCGCACUACAGUCGAACCUUACAACUAUGUUACUCUGAAACUGAAAAAUGCGCCGCGAAAAUUGGUCGACUCGUCGAGCCCUCUCACCGUGUUUGGUUUAUUGAUGCAUGAAGCAAAGAUGACCGUUGCCAAUCUAUCGCUAAAUAGAGUCGUUGGUUUUGAUGAGCCUCUUAAAAGCAACGAAGAAUUCGUUUUCCAAUUGGGCUUUCGGCGUUUCCGGUGUACAGCGCUAUUAUCCGAGUUGAGUCCAGGAAGGCUGCACAAGUUUUUACGGUUUCUUCCAAAUGCCGGGCACUUUGUCGCUUCCAUCUAUGCUCCUAUUAUAUAUCCGCCAACUCCGGUUCUGAUGUACAAAGAAACAUCAGAUGGGGCUUUGACUCUUCUGGCAAGUGGAAGCUUGCUUAGUCUUGAUCCCGAUCGUGUCGUUUUAAAGCGGGUUGUACUCAGCGGACACCCUUUCAAAAUCAAUGUUCGCAGUGCGGUGAUCCGGUUUAUGUUCUUUAAUAAAGACGAUAUUAAUUGGUUCAAGAAAGUCAGACUGACAACCAAGCAUGGUCGGACUGGAGAAAUUAAAGAGCCGCUGGGAACACACGGCCACAUGAAAUGCCGCUUUGACGGACAGCUGCAGUCGUCUGACACAGUUUUAUUAAAAUUAUAUAAGCGAGUGUUCCCCAAAUGGACAUACGCACCGAUGCUGACAAUUGCCUGAGAGUUUUAUAUUUGACAGAUAGUAAUGCCGAAACCGAAAUAAAUAAAUGAUAAAUCUG